CGGUCGAUCGCCAGUCUGGAAGGCUUGGCAACGCUGCACGCCAGACACCGGCAAACUACGUCCGAGCCGGCUUCGAGACUCGUGAGUGAAUUUUCUUCUUCUUCAAUUGCAAUCUACGUUUUUGGAUCAGUCGCGACUUGACUGUUACAACUGCAAGACGUUGGCGAUAUCUAGCCGGUAAUCUUUCUCCUGAGAAAUGUAUACAAAGUUGACAGUAGAAUUUAAGGAAAGUGGUUUUGUUAUAAACGUUUUCGCACCAUCUACUGAUUUAUUAUCCGCGCUGCUACAUAUACCGUGCGUAAGAAAAAAACUUUUUUCGAGUUGAAGUUCUUGUUUGACACUGUGCUUUUUUUAAUUUGACAUACCUCGUAGCUGUACGCAGCUGCCUAUCAAGAAGCUGCCUUUAUUCAGGGCCAUUUGUGAUACUAGAUUAUAAGUGAUAAAAGUAGUAGAGACGUUAGAUAAAAAUAUAAUAUAGAAAUGCCUGUUAAAUUCGAAGACGUUUUUGACUUCGGUCCCAAGAUGAAUCUGAUCGAUUACUUAACCGACGACACCUCGAACCCCAUUUCAGAUUUCCUUCUCCCCGACGAUAUAUGGAAUAAAUUCGAAAUAGAUCUAUCCGAUUGGACUGCUCUAGACAGCAUUCUCGCAGACGCGUCGAAGAUCACAGACGAUCUGCUAUGUCCUCUCGGCGGACACCCAGAGAUCAGAAACCACGAUUGUAUGUGGGCCGGGCACUGCGCCAGCAAAGAGCAUCCCGCAGACGAACCACGAAUGUCAACCGGAUGCAUCAUCCCGGUGCCGCCGCCUAUCAUGAAGCCACCGGUGAUGGAAAUCAAACAGGAGAAUCCCAAACCCUCGGGCCAACAGAGCUUGCUCAAAUCACACGUCAGAGCUGCGGCUCCAGCUAUUCUUCAGACUCCCCCCAUGUCCGACGAUGAAGAAGCGAAAGCAAAAUCUUCUAACAUAUUAAAAUUGCUGCAUGACGCUAUAGAUGAAUAUGAUAUAGAAGCGGACAGCGAUUUGUCGGACUAUUUCAAAGAUAAAGAUUUGAAAGACGAAGAGGAGGAGGAGGAGGAAGAAGAAGAAGAGGAGGAAGAAGUUGAAAUUAAGAUUGAAGAACAUGAUGUGAAACCUAGCGUCAGCAGACUUUACCAUGCUGCCGAGAGCGAUCAUAGCUACCACAAGGGCAAGCAGAGUGCCAUGCAGAUGGCUACCUUUGGAAUCGAGACUCCUUCUGAUUCAGAGGAGGAAAUAGAUGUUGUCAAUGUCAACAACGAGAAGUUCCCGUUCAAUAAAACGGCGGUGUUUUCGUUCCCCAAUAAUCCAUCGACGAAAGAUCGCCAACAGAUCCAGAUGCGUAUGGCAACUGCUAUAUCCAAGAAGCGAAUACAAGCCCAAGCUCAAGGCAUCAAGACUAUCAUGCCCGUUAGGAAAACAGCCACACCGGAGGCGUCACCUAUCAAAAGGAAACCCGUGGAAACCACAAGGAGUGGGAAAAAAACUCGGCAAUACAGAACACCGGUGAGCACUCCAUACAAACGUAGACAAUACGGCAACAGCAGCGAUAGCGAACCAGAACCAUCCGAGAAGAGAAGUUUACACAACAACAUGGAGAGGCAGCGAAGAAUAGACUUGCGCAAUGCCUUUGAAGAUCUGCGAGUAUUGGUUCCCGAAGUUAGCAAGAAAGAGAGAGCCGCCAAAGUGGUGAUCCUCAGAGAGGCAGCUCAAUAUUGCGAUUUCCUCACCAACACCUCCACAAAAUAUUCGAAACACUUCGAUGAAUUAAAAAAGAAGCAGGAAUUCCUUAGGCGGAGAGUGUCACAACUUCGAAGGAAUUUAGCAGCAAAUCGUUAAGUAAAUAUAUAAUUUGUAAGAAAUAAUGCGAUUUGUAGUAAAGGGUGUGUUUAGAAUUGUAUAGAAAAAUUCCGAGUAUCGGAGAGACUAAUGAGUGACUCAAAAGAGGGAAACAUCUCAGUUAUUUGUUAUAUUUUUGGUUUCAAAAAACAGAACUUGUUCUAGCAACAUUAUAUACAUUAUCUUAAAUUUUCAGUCUCGAAAGCACUAAUAGGCAAAAGCAGGUUGUUUUAUCCUGCGAUCAUUGUGGAUAGCUGAAGUGAUCCUGAGUUCAAAAAUACAACAAACAAAAAGAUGUUACGUUUACCAGUCGUAUUUUAUACCUUACAUUAAUUGUAAUUGAUUUUUGAAUGCCGUUUUUGUUUUUUCGAAAUUUGGUCACUCACUAGUAGCUACACACCCUGUAUUUAUAAAUUGUUAAAUAAUAAUUAGCUGUGAUUUGAUCAUUUAGGGGUUAGAAUAAUAGUUUUUGUUAUCGUUUAUAGUUUGCAAGGAUUCACUUGUUUUUAGUUACUUGUCAGAUACUUUUAAUAAUGUCUCUUUUUGAAUUUUUUGGUGAUAAAAAUCUUUGUGAUAACACCUGAUUUUUUCCGUAUAUCGCAUAUUUUUUAGUUUAGAAAUUUUCAAGUAGGUUACUUACUUCUUUUUUAUUUUCUUUAAGAAGAAAGAGCAAAACAUUUAGAGGUAUUUGAAAAGCAAUAACUUUUGUUUUAAUGAGACAUUCUAUAUUUCUGGUGUUUUUCUUUUUUUUUGUAUUUUUUUAAAUGUUUUUGUUAAGUUGAAGUCAUGCAAUUUUAAGUGUGUGAGUUAGAACUUUAAUUUCGCCAGAGUUUUAUCUGGCUUUUUUUUAUCUUCGUCCGGACUGACGAUCCAUCAAACAGUCCUAACAUCUAUCAAGAAAAUUAACGGCACUCUUUCAGUUAUAAGUAAAAAAACUUAUUGCAAUAAGUAGAAAACUUAUUGCAGAGUCGUCAUCUGGCAUAUAAUUUGAAAUAUGAUUUACCAUCUAAGGUUUUCCUGAUGAACUAUAUAUUUUAAUUGCUGGGUAGUUCACUUCAAUAUUUUCCAUCGCUUUGGAGUGCUCAUUUAACACGGACUCGCUGGUCCACCACUAAGAAUAAUAUAAAUUUAUUUAUAAGGUCACGAUAGAUUAGUUAUCCCACUCUACCUGCUAUGUACAAGACUGUAGAAGCAUUAUUUGAGUUCAUUUCGUUCUUGAUAUAGAGAUAAUGCUAUUGAUCACAUUAUUGUGACUUAAAGUAACCUGUAACUCGGUUUUCACUUACUGACUCAUGUACAGACUUCUUAUAUGUUGCUGAUACUCAUUAAAUCGACAGUAAUAAGUUUAUAUUUGUAAUGUGACUAUCAUUUUACACAAAAUUUUGCCUGCACUGUUAACAAAUCUGAUGGAACUCAAUACACAAACAGUGGUGCUCACAUGAAUGCCAUACUUCAGCGACUCAUCUAUAGGCCCAUAAUUAACAUCUAGUCCGGGAUUACAGACUCAUACUCAAAAGUAACAGCCCAAGUCAAUGAUCCUUAAAAUAUGGACGGUCACGAACUAUUUCCAUCUCUGAUUCAAUAUGGAUUCAUUUGAAUACGUCCUAAGUAUCCACACUUGUAAGUCAUUAGAAGAAUAAAUGGUAUAAAAAAUUGACCAAAACUGACGAAUAAAAUUGACCAAUAGUUAUGGAUUAUACCACAUUGUGUCCUCAAAUGGUUUGUUUAUGAUUGUCAAAUUUGAGGGUUAAAAACAAUGAAUUUACUCCUACUUGUAGCGUCACUUAGGUUCAAAUAUGAUUGGUUACCUAAAAGAAUUGUGACCAGCAAGUCUUUUCAAAUUUUCAAAAGUGUUAAAUCAGGAGUUAUUUUCACUUGUGAGUUAAAAAACAGCAUAUUGUUGUUAUGCCUUCAAAACUUGUGUUUAUGAUGAGACAGUGUUCAGGUUUUGCAGACACAUCUACAUACAGUCACUGUAGUACCGUAAGAUGUUGGGUACAUAAGAAAAUAUUUUGGCAGUGAAAUUAUUAUAAUAUAAUAAUAUUUAAGCAUAUUAUGCUUAAAUAUUUAAAAAAUGAUGAUGAGUGAUUGAUAAAAAAACGAAUGUGUGUGUACUUUGUACGCACGUAAGAAGUUAUACUUCAUUAUAUAAUUUCAACGAAAUAAAUAUACUUCACAGUUUAUUUGUAUUUUAUUUAAAUAUUAAACUAACUUUAAUACUUACCUACCACUUUCAAAAAUUUUUUAUUAAAACAAUACCAAAAAUUAUAAAAAAAAUAUAUAUAAAUCGUCCGCGAUUUGAACAGGGGACCUCUCGAUCUCUGGUCCAAUGUUCUACCAACGAAGCUAUCAAGCCCUGUGUAGGUGACGUCUCGGAUAUAAUUACACAUCACGGUGACAAAUAGAUCAAGUGAAGGAUAACAAUGUUCUAAUAGAUACUUUAUUAUCUUACUCCCGAGGAAGACAAAUCCAAAGACACAAAAAUUAUUAUUAAUAAUACAUUUACUAAAAACACUAAUAUAUUCUUUUAAUGACUUAUUUGCGCUGAUACAUACAUAACUUGAAAGAUUAGCAACAAACUACAUACUGUAUGUGUGCGCAUGCGCCCAGAAUAAUAAAAUUUCGCCCUCGCACCUAAAGAAGUAUAACUUCAAAAACUAGUCCAUGGUUUGCACAAAAUAUGGAUAUGGAUAUACAUAUAUGGGCAGUAGAGAAUAAUGACAUCCACAGUUAUUAUUGAAAAUGAAGUAUACAAGAUACAAGUAAUUUACAUGAGUUAAACGAAUGUUCUGAAUCUUAAAAAAUAGCUUCUUGAUGAGUUCACUUUGACUCUACAGUCACUCUUUGAAUAUUUGUUAUAGCUUACGAUUUUUAUUUAGUCUUAAGUACAGACCUGCAUUUUUAGGUUAGAUUUUCAUUUUUAUAGUUCAUAUUGAAUAAUUAUAGGGAAAGCACUACACCUAUAAAUAUAUUUGUUAUCUAACGCAAAAACAUAUCAAAAUUUUGAUGUUUACUUCUUUAUAAUAAAGGUCUAACAAAUUUUUGGCAUGUUUUAGUACACUUUACAUACUUAAAAAUCAUAUGAAAUGAUAAUUCAUAGAUAUAUAUCGAAAUCCGUUUAGAGUGGGAUCCAUAUAGACCUUUAAAAACUUAUUUUUCUACAGAAAUUUAUGUUAUUCUGUUCGAAAACGCAUAAUACGCUUUUUAUAAUAUUGUGUUAUUGUAUAUAUGUAAAUGUAAUGAAACGAAACGGUGUAAAAAUCUUAUCAUUUUACUUUUUGUAAGUUUUAAGUGCUUUUAUUGUUAGUUAUUUUUAAUAUUGUUGAGUUAUACACAAAACUAAUCUUUUGGUGUGUUAAAUGUUCAUUAAUGAAUUUUUGUUAAGAGGAUUUCUACUUAUUUAUUCAUAGUGAUCGUAGUAUCAUCGAAAGAAAUGUAUAUCUGAACAGAUUUAACUGAAACCCUUAAAGUCACUUGAACCCCAUUAAGGAACAUCUGACGUCUGUCAUGUCUUUUCCUCGUGGUUGGAAUUGGAAUUUUCAUUUCUGUAAGCUUGUUCUUAUGUUGAUUAUUUGCUCCCAAAUAAAGGCAAAUCUGUUGAGUAAUUAAAUAGAAAUCCUCUGAUUUGAUGAUUUGUUUAAUACGUUUUGUUCAAGUUGCCAUCUUGGAUGUAUUGGUCUCUUAAUAUUCAUUAUUGGUUCAUGGUAAUCGUUAAAUAUAGGUAAAACCCCUUUUAUUUAUUAGUUCUACUCAGAUUUUACCUAAAUCGUCUGCUACGUGAUAUUAAAUUUAAUUGAAGGGCCAAUCAAAAAUAAAACAAGUACAUUCAGUACUGCUAACAAAAUUCGAAUCUACGAUGACAUUGUUUAACAUCUAAAAUGUUGACAAGGUUCUUGCCACAUUUAGUUUACAGUAAUAAUAAUAAUAAUAUCGUAUGGCAUUUUUGCCGGGGAGAUCCUUUCGGACAGUUCCGGCGCCAUUUACAUCUUUAACCCUGUUUUAAGUAACUAGUGCCGAUGUACACUAGCCCAGGGGGACCGACGGCUUAACGUGCUCUCCGAGGCACGGUGAGACGGCUCGUGUCAUUAUUGGAAAUGAAAAUGGUUUGUCUUUGGCAGGGCUCGAACCCACGUGCACUGGCGUAUGAGGCCAGCGAUUAUGCCGUUACACCACGGCCGCUCACAGUUUACAGUAAUAAUAAUAAUAUAUGGAAUUUUUGCGGGUGUGAUCCUUUUGGAUUGUUCCACCAAUUACAUCUUUAACCCUGUUUGAAGUAGCUAGUGUCAAUGCGCACAAGCGCGGGGAUCGACGGCUGUACGUGCCCUUCAAAGCAUGGUACGUUUUACAUUUACAGUAAAAUCACCAAUAAUUACCUAAUUAUAUUUUCUUAUAUACUUAACCUUUUCAUUUAAAAUCAUGUUCUGACAAGGUCUGAUUUGGAGUUAAGUUGAAACCUGAAAACUGAUGGCUGAAGAACUAUGCAUGAUAAUUGCUAACAAAGUGUUUAUUUAGAGAACCAAUCACAACAGACACGUGAAAUAUAUAAAAAAAUGCUCAAAGUGUUAUAUAUUUUGUUAUAAUUAUUAUAGUGGUGUUUUUUCUUAGUUCAUAUGCUACUUAUAUUAAUGGGAAUUUUUCGUGCAUGAUAAAAAUUUGUAUAAGUCUUCCUCUGCACAUAGUAGUUUUAGAGUUUAAAAAAAGUCGUGAGAAGAAGAGAAUUGUUGUGUUCAUCAUAUUUUACAGUAUUUUAUACUUUUGAUAAAAUAAUUAUAAAUACAAAAAAAUAUAAAAUAAUAAAAAAAACCAAAAAAAAUGUAAAAUAAUCGGGUUUUCAACCGGUAAAAUGGCCUACAAGAGUUUCUUAAUCUUGCAUUAUGUGUUUAAAAUUGUUGCAUUUACACAGUUGGACCUGUAUUUCUUAGAUAUGUAUUUGUUUGGGGAAAAGUACUUGGUUUAUAAUAACGCUAAAAUAACCUCACAUCACGAUAUAAAAGACUAUAUAAUAUGUAAUCAAAAACCCAUCUGUGACAUUUUUUUAGGAUUUUAUACUCACGCAUUUUUUAUAUUUCUUCUUUUAUUUUACGUUUAUUUUCAUUAACUUUCUUCUAUCUGUCUGUUCGGGAGGUAUUUUGUAAUAGAAUUUUGAACCAACUAUUCGGUGAAGAGAGACUUGAAAUUUUAAACACAGUUCAGAUCAUUGUAUUGGAAAACGUUUCGUGUAUGAUUUUAUAUACAACAUCAGACUAUAUGAGACAAUGAGACAACAUUUAUGAAAUGAAUAAUAUGAACUAUUGUAUAAAUAUUUACUACUUACUCUUUACUCUCUUCAAUGCUAUAGCAGGCUCCCCCCGUUUUUAUUUUUUAUUUUAUAAGUAUUUUCAAAGUUAUUUAAAUUCAAUAUCACAAUUUUUUAGAACAAUUUGUAUGGGAUUAUAAGUCUGCAUGCAUAGCUUUAUAAAUCUCUCUAGAUGUAUAAGAAAUUAUUUUAUACUUUUUAAAAACGUUUUUAUUUUUUAUUUAAUAAUUAUUUUGCCCAUUUUUUUAAUUCGAUUCCUCAAUAAUGACAUAAUCCCAUGAUAACAUAAUAAUCUUCAAUAAGUGUAGGUUUGAUAGUUUAAUACUGUUUAUAAUUUAUAAGAGUGAAAAGGUUAUUCAAAAAUUCAUUUUAAUAACCAAUAAGUACUUUUUCACAAAUAUACUGAAAUGCUUUAAAACCGUUAACCUGAUAAAAAACAAAAGAUAAAUAAAGUAAACGUUACUUUUAGUGAAUUUUGAGUGAUAAUAUCGAUAAGUAGUUAUAGGUUUUAGAAUUAUGUAAAAGUAACAGGGUGCACUUUAAACUCAGGAGUGUUUUUUUCUUUUUGUACAGUUAGUGUUAAUUAUUCGUAGGAAAAGAGAAGAAAAUGUCGUUAGAAGAGAUAAAUAAUUUAAAAAACGUUUCUAAAAAUUGCUUAUUGCUUAACUAAAAAAUGAUAAAAAAUUGUAUUUUAUAAAGAGGUCCAAUGACAUGUGUAUGUAGUUUAUUAUAUUUCUAUGAUUAACUAUUUAGAUGGGAAAUAAGCCACAAUUAAAUUGAAAAAAUAAUUUUAUCAACGUUUCGAAGCCCAAAUCGGGUUUCGUUGUCAAAAUACAAAAUACUACUAAAUUAAACAAAAAUGUUGUUGCUUAGUAAGAUUUUGGCUUCGGAACGUUAAUAAAAUUAUUUUUUCAAUUUAAUUGUGGCUUAUUUCCCAUCUAAAUAGUUAAUCAUAAAAAUGCCACAAGGAAAUAGCUUCAGAACAACAUUAUAUUUCUAUACUACAUUCAAAACCAAUAUUAGCUCGAGGUCACGCCCAUCGGUAGGCGUGUCGUGAUGUCACGACAUACCCACCGAUGGAGUGAUAGCUAGCUCAGCUUAUCUUGGUAUUGUUGUAGUUUAGUCUUCAUAUCCACAUUUGGAUGAGAAAAAUGCUCACAUUGAAAUAUAACGCGUACAAAUCACAUUUGAUAGCUUACCAAAAGGUCACGUGGCAAGUUACGUAGCACAAUGUCACUAGUUUUAAUAACUAGUGAGUAACAAUUGUCACUGGUGACAGUUUUAUGAAUUAUAAUGUGAUAGUGCGUAUAAUGAGUUCAUUAUUCCUGUUGUGAAAGUAUAAAAACUCGGUUACAGUUUAUAUAUCAAAAUGCCUAUUAUAAUGUGAUGUGCGUAUAAUGAGUUCAUUAUUCCUGUUGUGAAAGUAUAAAAACUCGGUCACAGUUUAUAUAUCAAAAUGCCUCUAUUCUUGUUAAAAAGUGGCUUUAAAAUUUUUGGAAACAUUCUUGAUAGUGAUACAUUUUUGUCAAAAGUGUUUCAAUUAAUUGUUAAAACCGUGACCAGACAUCUCGUAACGCGACAGUUCGUAACCGGGCAACUGGUAACGCACAAUUCGUAACAGCGACAGUUCGUAACGGCGACACUUCGUAACGGCGACAGUUCGUAACUAUACAAAUUCGUAACGGGUAAUUCGUAACGUCAAAAUUGAAUUAUUCUGUUUAUUUUUGUUAACGUGAAAACUAACUGUUAUUACAGUUAUAAUUAAAAUUUUGUUUAUUAAUUUAACGAAUCAGUACCGGGUAAAAUAUGUUCAAAACAUGUUAUUUUUCGUGUUUCAGAAUAUAUUAACAAGUCUUUAACACAAACAAAUAUUUAAAUACACACAAACUUUUAACAAUCUUUUUAAACGUUUAUCCCUCUUAUUGUUCCUUAAAUUUGCAUAUACCUAGACAAAGGAAUAAUGAAGUAAUUCCUCAAAUAUUUAGGCCAACAACCGUCUUCAGACAUUCCCAAUUUUCUAGUAAACAUUUUAUAAAGGAAAUAUUAUAAUUAUCCGUUAAUAUAAUAAACCUUGUGAUUGGUUAUAGCGUUGGGGUAUUCAAUCAACGGUUAUAGUUGAUACGAGGGAUGGCUUUUAAUACUUUAAUACUCGGUUUAAAUGUUUUUAUUAUAUUCUGAAACACGAAAUAUGAAAUGCCUUAAAAAUGUUUAUCCUGAUACUGAUUCGUUAAAUUGAUAAACACAAUAAUUGUUUUAAAAUUGAAAUUAUUGUAAUAACAAUUUCAUUUAUAAUUGUAAUAACAUUUAGUUUCCACGUUAACAAAAAUAAACAGAAUAAUUUAAUUUGGACGUUACGAAUUGUCCGUUACGAACUGUCACCGUUACGAAGUGUCGCUGUUACGAAUUGUCCGUUACCAGUUGUCCGGUUACGAGAUGUCAUGGAACCUGUUAAAACAUAUUGAGGUGACAGUUGUGUCUAGAGAUGCAAUUAACAGGUAUUUCAAUGUUGGCGUUAAAAAUUAAAUAGACUAUUUGGCAUAUAUUAGUUUUCUUCACAUUGCAAGAGAAAGAAACGUCAAAAUAUCUGCUCGAUGAACGUACCUGUGAUGUAACCUCGCUGUUGACCAAAUAUAUAGACUAUAAAUGCACAUAUUUGAUUUCUUCAAUGAUUUUGUUUUUCUAUUGUCCCUCUUAGUGGUAAAUAUAUAACAGGGCAAUUCUCUUAGCGACCACCAGCAGGGUCACUUCGACAAGGUCGGUCCCUUUGGGACGGGGGUAAUCGCGCCCCCUUUAAGUAUACAUAGAAAUUGGUAGAAGGAGCUGUAUGCUUAGUUGUAAGUCGGUGACUUUGCUAAAUGAGCAAAUAUCUUAUAUACGUUUUAUAAUAUAAUGAGCCCUAAGGAUGUAUGGCAUGAUUUUUAGCCUAAAUGAAAUAUACAGGGUGGAGUGAACUUAUAUAGUGGUAAUCAACUUAGUUGUAGUCAUUCAAUUUAAUCGAUACUGCCGUCGAUAGUAAUACAUAAAUAGGCAAUCGAUAAAUAUCGAUAGUUUUAUAGCGAGUAAACAUAAUCGAUUGUAAAAAAAUCAUUACCUCUUAGUAAUCGAUAACAUAUUGUGAAUAAUGUAUGGUGUUCUAUCGAUAUUUUCGUAGCAAUAGGCAUAUAUUAAGAAUCACGCCACCCUGUGUGUAUAUCGAUAUGUAUAAGUAAUGUUAAUAAACUUAUUGAGUGUAGUCUAUCGUUUUUAUUACUGUAUUAAAUAAAGAUAAUAUGCCAUAAUCCUAACAAUUGUUACUUAGUACUUAUCUAUCUUUUUCAAUUGAUCAUAAUCUUCCUUUAACUAAUUUUGUUAGUAAAAUUUAUAAGGAUUUGAUUAUAUUGUACCUUUAGUUCCUCAUAGGUUUUACAUAAUAAAAUGUUGGCUUGAAUAUA